UCAUCAUCCUCUGAGGCGCGCUCGUUUUCUCCACAGUGCUUUGUCCAUAUGGCAUCAUAUGCGAGUAAGCCUCAUUGAACUCAGUGGGGCAUACUCCCAAGCAAGAAAGGCGUUCAGAUAACCUCUGUGCAUGUUCUUCAGUGUGCUGAAGAAUGAUGAUCUCGGAGGAGAUCAUUCUUCACUGGUCGCUCCAGCUCUCCCUCCAUCAUCAACCCCCGCUUUGUGGUUUGUUUGCUAUCGCUCGUGGGGCCUUCCCUCUCUCCCCGUCCUGCGCGGGCCUCGGUUGCUAAGCAACCGCCGGCUUCUUCUGACAACCGCGGCCAUGUCGGAGGAGGAGGAGGCGGUGGCCGAAGCGGAGGAGAUCAUCCGGAGCCAGAGGAUCUUUCUCAACCACUUGGACACCUUCUGCGGCACCAACAUCGGGAAGUAUCUAGCAAGCUGUACUGUUGGAGCCUCUCUGGAAGAAGUAGGAGAGGAAGAGGAAGAAGAAGAUGAAGGAAGGUCUAUGGCUGAAAUUUCACCCCCUAAACCAAAGGAAGGCAUAUACCAAGUUGUGGGAACUCUUUCAGAGUCAGGGGGUAAAAAACCACCUUUUGCUGUGGAAGCAUACACAACAUCUUCCCAAGAAGAGCUGCUACAGCGCCUGUUAGAAUGUGACAUUAUUAUUUAUAACAUCACUGAAGAUGCAAAACAAAUUGAGGAAGCAACUUGGGCAGCCACUGUGUUGAAUGAAGAAUCAGUCAACUUUGAGAAGCAGAAAGUGUUCAUAUUACUAUCCACAAUAAUGACCUGGGCACGCAGCAAGCCCCUUGAUCCGGACGAUCCAGAAAUACCUUUCACUGAGGAAGACUAUCGUCGAAGGAAACCUCAUCCCAACUUUAUGGAGCACAUUAAUGCGGAAAAAACUGUUAUCAAACUUGGUAAAAAUAACAAAAGCAAAUUCACUACAUAUGUUGUUGCUUCAGGUGUUCAGUAUGGAGCUGAAGAAAGACUUCUGCACUAUUUUUUUAAGUUAUCUUGGCUUGGAGAGACACCUGCAAUACCAUGUUUUGGAGAUGGACGAAAUUUAGUUCCAGCUAUUCACAUUGUUGACUUAGCAGCAGUGUUACAGAAUGUAGCAGAUCACAGACCAAGGACUCAUUACCUAAUUGCAGUGGAUGAAGCCAUGGAAACUCUGGGUGAAAUGGUGAAGUGUAUCAGCAAAAACGUCGGCCCAGGAAAAAUACAGAAGGUUCCGAAAGACAACGCUUUCCUGAACAAAGAUCUCACGCAAGCGCACUUAGAUGAAUUACUUGUCAAUCUGCGAAUGGAAGCUGUGUUCCUGAAGGAGAAUUUUAACAUCAAGUGGGUUUCUCAAGGAGGAAUUGUGGAGAAUAUCGAUCAGAUUGUCACUGAGUACAAGCAAAGCCGAGGAUUAUUGCCAGUCAAAAUUUGUAUUCUUGGACCUCCAGGAGUAGGAAAAACUUCCAUUGCAGAACUGUUGUGCAAACAUUACAAGGUUCACCACAUUAAAAUAAAGGAUGUGAUUGCUAAAGCUAUAGAGAACCUGGAAAAAAUUGUUGCCCCUAAAGAUAUAGUAGAGCCUGAGGUGGUGGUGGAGGAGGAGGAGGAAGAGGAGGAAGAAGCGGAAGAAGAAGGAGAUAAUGUAGAAGAAGCACAGGAGUUAUUGGAUGCAAUCAAAGAAAAUAUGGAGCAAAAUGCAGGACGUAUAGAUGAUCAGUAUGUGAUUAGGUUCAUGAAGGAAAAACUAAUGUCUAUGCCUUGUAAGAACCAAGGAUAUGUAUUGGAUGGAUUUCCAAAGACCUACGAUAUGGCAAAGGAUCUUUUUAAUCUUGAGGAGGAAGAAGAAGAGGAUGAUAUGAGAGGCAAAAUUCAUCACUAUGAUAAAGUGAUAACCCCUGACUAUAUAAUUUCUUUGAAUGCUUCAGAUGAAUUCCUGAAAAAUCGAAUCAUGAAUCUCCCUGAAAGUGUUGUUGCUGGAACCCAUUAUGCUCAGGAUCGAUACUUAAGAUCCCUGAGCCUUUUCAGGGAACUAAACACUGAGGAUGAAACAGUUCUCAACUAUUUUGAUGAACUAGAAAUACAUCCACAGUAUAUUGAUGUAUCUAAAUUUGAGGGUCUGGAGAACAGAGUUAUUGCAAAAGAAAUAAUUAAAAAUAUUGGCGCACCUCGAAAUUACGGUUUGACAGAGGAAGAAAUGGAAGAAUUUGAACGGAAACAAGCAGAAGAGCGUCUUGCCAGAGAAGCUAAAGAAAAGGCUGAUUUCGAGAAAAAAGAAGCUGAGGAAAGGGCUCAAAAACUGGCAAAUUGGGAAGAAUGGAAUAAACGUCUAGAGGAAGUGAAGCGACAAGAACAAGAGCUUCUGGAAGCUCAGUCCAUUCCAUUGAGAAACUACUUAAUGAAGCAUGUCAUGCCAACUCUUAUGCAAGGCUUGAAUCAAUGCUGCAUGGUUAGGCCAGAUGACCCUGUUGACUUUCUGGCGGAGUAUCUCUUCAAGAAUAAUCCUGAUUUUGACUAAGGAGUGUAGAACCCUGUUGUACUCUUACUCAUAUUUUCUUUUAGGUCAUUAUUUUUAAGUAGGGGUUUGGUGCUGAAAUAAAACUUGCAGUGCUUGUC